AUCAGCAAGUCCUAGGCUCUGUGGUUUAACCCACAGCGCCACCUGUGUCCCUUGAAGUAUGUUCAUCUUUAAUCCUCACAACAACCCUGUGAAUUAGGUUCGGCUAAGAGACUGUGAGUUACCCAAGAUCACCCAGUGAGUUUCAUGACUGAACAGGGAUUUCAACCCCGGCCUCUCAGGUCUGAGCUCAACCCUCUAACCACUAUACCAUACUGACUCUCUUAUGACUUAUCCCCAGGUAAGUGUAUAGUUUACAUAGGAUUGUGGUCCCCUCUCCGCCACCUCUGUUGACCUACCAACAGCAUGACUGUCCCCAGCACAGAAGAAAUGAAGAGCUUCUGGAAAAGUUUCCAGGAGAAGAACCAAACCUGUUUCAUCUUGGGUGCUUCUGGUUAAACUGGGAAGGAACUCCUAGCUGAGCUCUUGAGGCGACAGCUUUUCUCCAAGAUUACCCUCAUUGGCCGCCGGAAGUUGGAAGGAUCACUUUACAGCAAUGUGUCACAAGAAGUUGUUGACUUUGAGAAACUGGAUGAAUCGGUGGCUGCCUUCCAAGGCCAUGAUGUUGGGUUUUGCUGCCUGGGGACAACAAAGGCCAAAGCCGGAGUGGAUGGAUUUGUGCGGGUCGACCGUGACUACGUUGAGCACUCUGCGAGACUCGCCAAAGCUGGUGGCUGUCACCACUUUGUCCUGCAGUCGGGCAAAGGGGCCAAUAGCUCGAGCCGCUUCUUCUACCUCCGGGUUAAGGGUGAAGCAGAGGACAGGGUCCAAGCAGUUGGCUUUGACCGUUGCUCCAUUUUUAGACCAGCAGUGCUGCUGUGUGAUCGCCAGGAGUCUCGGCCGGCAGAGUGGAUGGCCCAGAAAUUCCUAGGAGUGGUAGCCCUUGUCUUCCCCACAGCCCUUUCUGUCCCAACAGUGACUGUGGCGCAGGCAAUGCUGAAUCAUGUGGUGAUGCCAGGAAAGGAGGGCCAGAAGGUUUAUGUGCUGGAAAAUGCAGGUAUACAUGCCCUUGGGCAGGCAAAAUAAGGGGCGAGGGUAUUGUUUCCUAGAUGACGUAGUGGCAGAGGGUGUCAUCGUUCCCCAAACCCAGUCUUUCCUGUUCUUCCUUUCCGCCAGAAGGUGCCCCUCAAGCAGUAGGGCCUUGCCUGUUAACUUGAAACCAUUCCUCUGUGUCUCCAUGGUAAUGGGACAAACCGCCACACCUCCCAUGGCAGCCAUUUUGAGUAGCACUGCUGGUUACCAGAAGGACAAAUAUUUGAUUUUCACUGCUGUGCAAUGCUCAUUAAAGAUUGUAAAACACAUCUAUGGAGGGAGGGUGCUGCUUAUGGGGUCACUCUCCUCUGUGCCUUGAUCUAUGGUAGAUCUGUUCUUGGUACAAGUCUUCUUUUCCUGUCAUGCAUUACAAUAAGAUCCCCUCAAGUGCUUGUUUCCUUACUGCUUUGAAGGUACUGAUCAGAUCCCUUCUGGGCUAACUGCCUCUUUAGGAAUGUGGCUGAAAACCAGCCAUAACUGGUUUGCUCCUGUCAGUAUCUAUAAAAUGUGUGAUUGGGAUACCCAUGUCUGAAAACAGUGGGUCUGUCACCAUCAUUUGGACCAAAGAUUAUACCCUUCUAGGCGUUUCUGUGACACAGGAAAUAUUUGCAACCCUGGCAGGACUGAGCUGUCAAGCUUUCAGACAUGUAACAAUCUGAGCUGGCGCUGGGAACCAGGCAAUCUCUUCCUAGUACUAUACCAAAGAAGAUUGUGAUUUCUUUUUUAUGUUGAAUUUCUGCUUAUGGCUCAAGGGAAAAAUGGAAUGUUAUUCAACUCUCAUGGGUGAAAAUGAAUAAGGGAUGCUUUUUCUACACAGGUUGAAAAGAGGAAUGUAAUAAUGAACAGGACUCAAAUAUUAUCCACCACCCCGGAAUUUUCUGCUGUGCUUCAAAGCUGUGUUACAGCCGUCACUUACAAGUUCCCAAGAGGGCACAAUACAUGUUCACAUGAUCUCCAUUCGCAUGAGGUACACCAGCCUUCACCAAACUUGUGUCUCCUGUGCAUGUUUUGGACUACAGUCCCCAUCAGCCCCAGGCAGUAUGGCCAGUUCUCAGGGAUGAUGAAGAGAAAGUUCCAAGACACCUGGAGGGGACCAGGUUUCGAAAAGUUGGCACACACAUUUUUAGAGAAAGCCUUGUGUGAAGUGGCCUACUGAUUGUGAAGGAGGGGCCUGUACAGGAAUCUGCCUGGUAUAUUAGCCCAGUGUUUCCCAACCUUGGGCCUCCAGCUGUUUUUGAACUACA